UCUAAGUCUGUAACUUAGACGCAGCGCCGUCAGUUAAACUCAGUUACACCGCAGGACUUCACCCAGUAUUUUCAUCGAGAGUGUUACAACACAAAGUUGAGCUUAACGCGACUUUUUAAUUUAAUCAAAGCUUAAUUAAUUACGAGAUAGUUGAAGUGAUUUAAUUCUUUCUCAAUCAUUAUCAAGAAAAAAAAAAGAAAAUCAUUGUGUUGGUGCCCAAGACUUCUUUUAUGGUAUUAAUUGGAUAAAAGUGUAGGAUCACCAAUUUAUCGGCACGUUUAAAUGAUCUUUCAAGACACGUGCCAAAUACACCGCAUUAACAUAGCCAGUUGAUGUCCGUGCCAUAAGCGAACGGGAACAAUGGCUUUAGACAAUCCCUCGUAUUUCACCGUCAAUACCGAGCCCAUCGGCAAUGAAUUCUUGAAGAAAUCACCAAAAACCUCCGACACAGCCUCCACGUCUUCGGAAAGCUCCCUAAAACAACUCAAUUUACCGCUACCCUUUAAAUUUGCUCGUGGUUAUUUAAGAUCGGUGAGCACAAACUCGGCGGAUUCAAAUCAAGAAUUAUUAAUAAUGGGGGAACCAAGAUUAUCAGACAUCGCUCCAGAUUUAACUUACAAAUUACCACCGGAACCAAGAAGAUCAAACUCACUCAAAUUUACAAGAACCGACAAAAAAUGUUUGUACUCUUCAUUACCCACAUCAGAAAUCAACGAUGACAUCGACCAAGAUGAAGACGAAGAGGUCUUUUUAGCCGAAAACAUCGCAACUUACUCAAACCUCUCUGUUACCCGAAGAAGACACAGCAUCGGGACUGUUAUGGCUCGAGAAAGAACCGCGAGCUCCCCGAGUUUUAAAGAAGACCCUCACGUUGUAAUUCACGCAACCCCCGAUGGAAAUGCGAUCCCCUCAAACAACUCAUCGUUUGCGUUUGAUGAUCAUUCCAUGAGACACUCAUCUUACCCGAGAAAGCGCUGCGUUAGAUGCAAAGUCCCUAACAAGAAACUAAGCGACAUGGAGGACAUCCUAAUAGUUUCUGUUAGAGACAGCGAAGCCGCAACGAUGUGGGCGAACUAUUUCGGGUCUUGUUUCCAACAAUUUGGAAACAUUUAUCAAGCCACAAAGAAAGCUUUCAAAAUCCACCAUUUGAGCGUUGAAGAGAUUAUCGAAGCAAACGGAGAUAUUAGAUUUAUUUCCGAGAAAACAGCAGGUGUUAAACUUCAACUCCUCGUGAUUUGCCCGCUUUUCUUAGAUAAAAUCGCCAAGAAUUUAUCGAAAACCAGCCCCCUUUCGAAGCUUUUAAUCCCAAAUCGAGUUCUUGCUUUGCUUUUGGGAGUUACGGAUAAUGAUAUUACGGAAACUCACAAAAAUGUUUUAACAACAUUUUCGCAAUGGCAAAGAUACGCCGUUGGUGAGGACGAAGACGAAACAUUCACCAAAGAAUUCCUUUCGGCUGCGGUAACGAUUUUUAUGAAAAUUUUAAAACAACAAAUCUCAGUUUCGAAUCAAGAAAAAUCACAUUUUUCGGUUUUACCAAAAAAAGUGCGACAGGGUCAAAAUAGUGUGUUAAUAAUACUAACGCAUCCAUUACAAAAGGAAGAUAUCGUGAAAAUUUCGAUCGAACGAAACAACGAGAUGAUCGAGUUGAAAUCGAUGAAGAUUCGGAACCCGUACACGAUUAAAAUAGCGAUUCCGGAGUCGAUGACGGAAGUUUCAGCGAUAGUAAACGUCCUCGUCGAGAAAAAUGGGAAUAUCAUCGGGACGAGACCGUUGAAAUGCGAGAGUAAAUUGAGGGAAUUGGAGCAAAUACUAAGAACGACGGCGAAUCCGAUUGAAUUUAUGUGUCAGACACUAGGAUUCACAGCCCACGAUAAAGCUCAACUCGAUAACUUUAUGGUGCACACGUUCCAAAAGAAUUUGCCCUCAAAUUUCAACCUUUUAACUCACACGGCUCCGAUGGAUCGAUUAAAAUCAAUAGCUUGCGAAGAAUUUCCCACCUUAUUACAUUUCGCUGCAAAAUAUGGCUUAGAAAAGUUUGCCAUCCAAUUGGUUGAAUGUCCCGGUGGAGACACAGCGUGCGAAUUAAAGAAUGUAAACGAUCGUAAUCCGUCUGAUAUCGCGGAAUGCGAAGGAUUUUCGGAGUUGGCACAAAUGCUACGGGGUUAUAUGAAAAUGAACGAGUUUACUAAAAUUUAUACGAAGUUGAAACAAAUUCAAUUGAACCCUGAGUGUAUUGAAGAUAACGAUGAUGAAUAUUUGGUGCCGAGGGAAAUUUCGGCGGAUUUUUACAAAGUUUGCCCCGCUCCUAAACCCGUUCUAACACCAACAACCCCAAACAGCGAAGUUAGUUACCUCCCGAUGACGACGAAACAAAAUUUAUCAACGGAAACACCAACGAAAGACAAAACAAAUAGUUUACCGAGAAUAACAUCAGCUUCAUCGACAUCCAACAUUAGCACGACGUCGCAAAAGAGCGCCGCGAUUUCUUUCACGGGUGAAGACAAAGUCCAAACGGAACUUUUCGAAAUAUUAAGGGACGUCACCCUUAACAUUCACACUUACGAACAAGCGGAGAAGUUGGUUGAAGAGUGGAAAAAUAGGAACGAUGUGCAGAAAAGUUUUAAAGAAAAAGCGGAACAAUUAAACGAUAUGAGGCGGUGGUACGAUAAACUCCAACACGACAUGAAACAAGGCAACAAAGUGAGCACUUUCGAUCGGGUAAAAAACUUAUUUUUGCGAAAAAAGAAAGACCCAAACUCGAAAAGCGUUGAGAAAGAAAUUUUUUCGGUCCUACCAAACACCAAUAGACCAAUUAGCAGCUUAAGCUUACAAAGCACUUCCAGUAGUGGAUCUUCAGGAAGAAUGAGUACGAUUAGUGCUUGUAGUUUAGGAGAUAGCGGGACGCAUUCAGAUCAUGAAGAUAGAAAGAAUUUAUUAACGUCGAGUUUAGAUGAAGAGUUUCGACCGUUAGAUAUAAUUAAAGAAAUGAAAGAAGUUAAUUAUAUGAUCCCGCCUUCACCGAAACCAGUUAUACAAACUAAAUUAAACCUUCAACUUCAAAAUACGAUCGAUGUAAGACCCCCUCAACCCAUUCCCAGGGGUUCGUUGGAGCAUUAUAUUCAAUAUCCACCUUCGGGGUUACCAGUUCAAGCAUUAUCAAACGUGAACGAAUCUCCAGAAGACAACGUUUACAUAGAAUUUGAGGAUCAAUCUAGUCCUACGAGCGAGUACAUGAAUCUCCCAUUAAACAUACAAAAAUCCCAAAACAGAGAGUAUAUGAAUUUCUCAUCACCAAUUUCGAAUCAAAAUUUUGGCGAAUACAUGAAUUAUAAACCUGGAAAAAAAUAAAAUAUAAAAGAAAAAAUAUCCCAGCUAAUAAUUAAUUUAUGUACCAAAUAGUAUAUGUUUAA